GAACAGCCAGUCAAGAGUCUUGGAAAGUUCUUUGAUUGCAGCCUCAAAGACUCGUCAUCCAUCCAGAGAACCAGCAAGGAGCUUGAGGGCUGGUUGAGAUGCGUCGACAGAUCUGGCUUGCCAGGGAGAUUCAAGGCCUGGAUUUACCAGCAUUCCAUCCUGCCCCGCAUCCUGUGGCCUCUGCUAGUAUAUGCAGUACCCAUUACAACUGUAGAGGCCAUGGAGAGAAAGAUCAGCAGCCACUUGCGAAGAUGGCUUGGCCUACCCCGAAGUCUGAGCAGUGCUGCCCUGUACGGCAGUAGCAACACCUUGAAGCUUCCAUUCAGUGGACUCACUGAAGAGUUCAUGGUGACUAGAACUCGAGAAGCCCUGCAGUACAGGGAAUCCAGGGAUGAAAAGGUGGCAUCGGCUGGCAUCCAGGUGCGAACAGGCUGGAAAUGGAGGGCAGUCGAGGCUCUGGAAGUGGCAGAGUCGCGACUGAGGCAGAAGGUACUGGUGGGGUCCAUAGCCUCAGGACGCGCAGGUAUUGGCUAUUUCCCAUCAACCAGGGUGGACAAGGCCCAGGGAAAACAGCGGCUACACAUCCAGCAGGAAGUGCGGGCAGGCGUGGAGGAAGAACGAGCCAGCAGGAUGGUGGGUAUGGGACAACAGGGAGCUUGGACUAAAUGGGAGAAUGUUCUGCAACGGAAGAUCACCUGGCCCAACAUCUGGAGAGCAGACUCCCUUAACAUCAGGUUCCUAGUCCAAGCUGUUUAUGAUGUCCUGCCCAGUCCAUCCAACCUCCAUGUCUGGGGCAAAGCAGAGACACCAUCCUGCCUCCAGUGUCCAGGAAGGGGAUCCCUGGAACACCUCCUCAGUAGCUGCCCUAAAGCCCUUGGAGAGGGGCGCUAUCGCUGGCGCCACGACCAGGUGCUGAAGGCGGUUGCUGAGAGUAUAGCCAAGGCCAUUACUACCACCAAGAACCACAGCAAGCCUCAGUCAAUCAGAUUCCACAGAGCUGGAGAGAAGCCCACUAUCCAAGCGAGGGCCAGGUCAGGUCUCCUCACUACCGCCACAGACUGGCAGCUAGAAGUGGACCUGGGCAAACAGCUGAAGAUCCCAGCAAGAAUAACAACAACACGGCUCCGACCAGAUAUGAUCAUUGUUUCUGAUUCCACCAAACAAUUGAUCAUUCUGGAACUGACAGUGCCCUGGGAAGAACGCAUGGAGGAGGCUAAUGAGCGGAAGCGUGCCAAGUACCAGGAGCUGGUGGAGGAGUGUAGGAGCCAAGGCUGGAGGACUUACUGUGAACCCCUGGAGGUGGGAUGCCGAGGAUUUGCAGGGCGGUCCCUCUGCAAAGUCCUCACCAUGCUGGGCCUCACCGGUGAGGCAAAGAGGAAGGCCAUCAGAUCUGCAACUGAAGCCGCAGAAAGAGCCACAAGAUGGCUUUGGAUCAAGAGGGCUGAUCCGUGGAAGAAUGCUGCUGGGACACAGGCCGGAGUCUGAUCAACUCUGGUCGGGUCGCCUGGGCGAGGGUGUCUGAUGUUGAAAGACCCGAAACACCCAGUGACCCCAGGUUACAUCACUGAUGAUG